AUGACCAAAGUAGAGACCAAGACAAUCACGGUCCUUCCAGGAGACCAUGUCGGUAGUGAGAUCUGCAGAGAAGCAAUAAAAGUACUCAAGUCGAUUGAAACUUCGACGCCUUUUCAAAAAUUGAACUUUGACUUUAAACACCAUUUGAUUGGAGGAGCUGCAAUUGACGCUACCGGUGUUCCCUUACCUGAUGACUCACUUGCUGCUGCCAAGUCGUCAGAUGCUGUACUUUUGGGUGCAGUGGGUGGCCCCAAAUGGGGUACUGGCUCUGUGCGUCCUGAACAAGGUCUCCUCAAAAUCCGUAAAGAAUUGAAUCUUUAUGCUAAUAUCAGACCAUGCAAUUUCGCCAGCGAGCUGCUUUUGGAAUUGUCCCCAUUGCGUCCAGAUAUUGUACGCGGAACAAACUUGAUCAUUGUACGUGAACUCGUAGGCGGGAUCUAUUUUGGAGACCGUCAAGAGCAAAAUGAGAGUCAUGAUGGUAAAACAGCAUGGGAUACUGAGAAAUACACUGUUGAUGAAGUUGCCCGAAUCACACGUAUGGCCUGUUUUAUGGCAAUGCAGCAUACACCUCCAUUACCUAUAUGGUCCCUAGAUAAGGCCAAUGUUCUUGCUUCAUCUCGUCUUUGGAGGAAAACAGUCGAUGAAAUAAUUAGUAAUGAGUUUCCACAAUUAACUCAUCAGCACCAGUUAAUUGACUCUGCAGCAAUGAUCCUUAUCCAAAACCCGACCAAACUAAAUGGGAUAAUCAUAACAUCAAACAUGUUUGGUGAUAUUAUCUCUGAUGAGGCUAGUGUUAUUCCAGGGUCUCUUGGUUUAUUGCCCAGUGCUUCUUUAGCAUCCUUACCUGAUACAAAUAAAGCAUUUGGGUUGUAUGAACCUUGCCAUGGCUCGGCCCCAGACUUACCUGAGAACAAAGUCAACCCAAUAGCUACUAUUUUAUCCGUGGCUAUGAUGUUGAGAUUAAGUUUGGAUUGUGUAAAGGAGGCAGAAGCAUUGGAAGAAGCGGUGAAACAAGUAUUGGAUAAGGGAAUAAGAACCGCCGAUUUGAAGGGGGAAAGCACUACAACGGAAGUUGGUGACGCAAUAGCCGAAACAGUUUCAAAGAUCUUGAAAUCAGGAAAAACAACGGCCUAA